UAUUUAUAUAUAUGUAUUUGAUAAAAUUUUAUUAUUUUAUUGGAACUUAAAUAUUAAAUAUUAUUAAAAGAAAAUAAUAUAAUCGAUCAUUAACACCAACAAACUUAAAAAAAAUAACAGCAGCAGAAUAAACAAAAAGUUCAUCAGACCAAAUUCAAAAUUUUUAUACGACACUUUCUUCACCAAGAAAGAUAUCGGUAUCAGCUGGUAGUAUUAGUACACCAAGAGGUUCUACCACAACCACAACUACUAAUACUUCAAUAAUUGUAACAAAACCACAAUCUCAAUCAUUAUCAUCAUCAUACAAUCAGCAGAUAUAUUAUAACCAAGAAGGAAUGAAAUCAGAAACAUCAACAGAGAAUUUAAUUUCCGAUUUUAGUAGUAAUAAUAAAAUUACAACAGAGGAAGAAGAAAGAAGAUCAGAAGAGUUGCAAAAGAUUUUAUUAGAUAUAAUACCAAUUUUAAAUAGAGGUGUCGAACAAUUGGGUAUUGAAGUUGAGCAAAUAUGCAGCGGUGAUACUGCAUAUGAAAAGAAACCAAUAUGUCAAGUAUUAAUUGAUAUUCAAAAAACACUAAGAGAAUAUCCAAGAGGUAUGGGAUAUCGCAGCAAGUCAAUCCCACCAAAUUUGAAUGGCAAGCCUAAAUUAAUUCAAUUUCGUUCCAACAUGGAUCAAUUAGUAUGGGAAAAUAUUUCAAAGCUAACAAUCCUAAAAGAUUUUGUAGAAUUUACAGUUCAACUUCAAAAGCUCUGUGUUAUUGGUAUGAGUAUUCGUGACUCUUUAAACUCAUUUUUAAACAACAAGUGUGAAAGUUUUAUCAAAGGUUAUGAAUCAUCAUUAAAUGGGUUAAAUAUCCACACUCUAGGUACUGGUAUUAUAUUACAUCAUCACAGCUACAGUAGCGGCCAACAACAACAACAAGUAGUUCCACAACAAGACCCAUCAGAAUACAGUGAUAGUGAAGGUAAUAGUGUAGAAAGCUCAAUUAUUUCAUUUAAUGUUACUUCAAUGAUUCACAAUAACGUCAAAGAAGAAAUAAACAAUACUUCAAUUUCAGCCUUAAAGAAAUCUCAAAAACAACAACCAGCUGUAUUAUCUCGUGCACCAAAACAAGUAAUGGAAAGUACUAGAAUUUUAGUUGAUAAUGUCGUAAAUAGAAAGUGCAUGUAUAGAGAAGAAAAAGCAAGUAUUUAUAGAGAAAUGAUGAAUGAUCGUUUAAAUCUUUUAAAAGAAGAUCCAAAGAAAUAUAAAUUGCAAUUAUUACAACAACGUCGUCAGAAAUUAGCAACCUCUGCCGAAACGGAAUAUGAUGAUUCAUCGAAUGGUAUUUCAAUUAAAAAGGGUGGUUCAGAACAUGGCUCCGUCUCGUUGUCUCCACAAAACUCUGGUGCCAGUGGGUCACCAUCAAGUGAUAAAGAAAACUCACCAUUGAUGACCUCUCCACAAUAUUUAUCAACAUCACCACCAAAAUCACCACCAAAAUCACCAGAAUUCCUUGGUGUAGCAGCAAAGGGCAAAAAAUCACAUCUUCUCGGUCACGCUAGAUCAUUUAGCGCUGAUACUCACAGAGAGUUAACCCCAAAUUCCCACCAACACAUUAGUCACAAUAAUUUGGGUGUUGCAAGUCCUCCAAUCUCCCCACGUCUUGAAAAGAUUUUAAAGAGUUAUAAACUUGUAUCUGCCUCACCAUCAUCCUCAAGCUCUGCUGUAGUUACCUCUGCUGUAUCACACCAACUUUUAUCAGCUGCUGUCGCAAAUAUUGAAAAUGCAAAUAAUUCUUCAACUGAGUUUGGUGAAUGGGAAGAGGUACCCGAAGGUAAAAGCGAGCAUAUCCUCCAAUGCAAAGGCUAUAAAAUGGACAUUGGUAACAGUAAAUGCAACCAAAUUUAUUCUGGACAUGAACUCUCUGUUCUCUAUACCGAUGAAGACGAAUAUCAUUAUCUUGACGAUUUCAGUGCUCUUGAACAUUUCAAUUUCCUUGGUGUCAAUAAAAACCAACCAGAUAAUCCCAUGUGUGUUUCAGCUGCAGUUUUACAUGAAAGUAACGAGCUUUUAUGUAUUAUUAGAACUGGUGAUAAAGAUGAAAAAUAUCGUAUCUCAUUAAAUGGUAAAAAAGAUUUAUCUGGUAAAGAUAUGAUCAAGAUGAUCAAGAAAUCACGUUUCAAUCAAAUGUCAAACUUUAAACUUAAAGAAGUCAAAGAUGUAUCAUUCAGUAAACAUCUUUUAAAUUUUGAAGCUAAAAACAUUCACAAGACUUUUAAAUUUGGUGUAUUAUAUUGCAGAGAAGAUCAAGGUCAUGAUGAAAACGAAUUGUAUAGUAACAAUGAAACCAGCGAAGCUUUUCAAGAGUUUCUCAAAGUUCUUGGCUCUCGUGUAACUCUUCAAGGUUGGACAAAGUAUAGAGGUGGUUUAGAUGUUAAAGAUAAUACAACAGGUACACACAGCGUUUACAAGAAAUGGAGAGAUUUUGAAAUUAUGUAUCAUGUAGCCCCAAUGAUCCCUUGCAGAGCAGCUGAUGAACAAUCUGUUGAAAGAAAACGUCAUCUUGGUAAUGAUAUAGUUUUAAUUAUUUUUAAAGAAGGUAAAAAUAAUAAAUUUGAUCCAUCCAUUAUAAAAUCAAAUUUCAAUCAUAUUUUUGCAGUCAUUCAAGUAGAUGAUAGUCGCCAAUCCCCAAAUACUCAACAUCAUAAUAAUGUUAGUGAUGAAAAUCAAAAUGAAAUUAAUAGUAGUAGUAACAAUGAAGAAAUUAAUAUUCAAACUAGUAAUAAUAAUCUUAAAUCAAACAAUAACCAUGUAUUUUAUAAAGUAUCCAUUGGUUGCAAAGAAGAAGUUUCAGACUUUGGUCCAGCUUUCCCAAAAUCUCAUAUUUUCAAAUCAAAUGACAACUUUACCGACUUCCUCUUAACCAAAUUAAUUAACGGUGAAAGAUCAACCCUUAAAUCACCUGUUUUUGCUCAAAAAAUAAAAAGAACUAGAAAAGAAUUUUUACAUUCAUUUAUAUCUGAUUUCCAAGAUAAAUCAAUAUAAAUUAUUUAAAUUUUCAAAUAGAUUUCAAUUAAAAUAAUAAUAAAUAGUGAUAAUAAUAAUAAAAGUCAUCUAAAUUUAUAGUCAUAAAUAUAUUUAGAAAAGAAAUUUAAAAAUAAUUUCCAAAUAAAAAAAAUAAAAUUUAAUUUAAAUUUAUAUUAAUAUGAGUUAUAUUAAAACAU